GGCGUUACUGUUAGGGUUUCGAAUCCCACUGCCACCACCCCCCAGUUCGUCCUCCUCCUCCUCCUCCUCCUUCCUCUGCAGCAAAUCUCUGUACAUUGUCUUCUCAGCCGGCGACGUCCAGUCCCUCCCGCAUGAGAUUUCGCCACUGACCCGCGUUUUCCGGCUCUCUGCAAGCUCUCCUGCGUCUGCAAUUCAGAGGGGAAAUUGAGGCAAUCUGGUUUUCUUUGAUGGCAAUGGAGGCCAAAUUCUUUCGCUUUCUCAAGAUAGUAGGUGUUGGGUUCAAAGCUAGAGCGGAGGCUGAGGGGCGCCUCUUGUACCUAAAAUUAGGUUACAGUCACGAGGUAGAGUUGACCGUUCCUCCCGCAGUGCGUGUCUUUUGCUUUAAAAACAACGUGGUCUGCUGUACAGGGAUCGAUAAGCAAAGGGUGCAUCAAUUCGCGGCUGCUGUUCGUAGUUGCAAGCCUCCUGAAGUUUACAAGGGCAAAGGUAUAAUGUACAUCGAUGAAGUUAUCAAGAAGAAGGCAGGGAAGAAGUCGAAAUGAGUGUGCAGGUGCAUACUGCUUCUGUAAAAUCAUUUAUAAUAAGAACACAAGCCAAAAAUCGCAGUUUGCUGUGUAAAACUUGACGGGAGUUUUGUAGCUUGUCACAAUCGAAUAUUUUUGCAAUUGAUCGCCUAGUUCAGAUUAGAAUCGAAAAUCAUGUUUCUA